AUGAAGCAGUUUGUGGUUUUGGCCGUUCUGGCUGUGAUUGGCGGUUCCCUGGCCGCUCCUCGUCCGGAUGUCAGCCAUCUGGCGGGAUACAGCUACCAGGCUGGUGGCUACAACGGCAACGUGGUGGCCAACCAGGUGAUCAGUGCUCCCCUGACCACGGUGACCACCUCGUACCAGCCCACGGCAGCUGGCAACAACUACUACAGCUCGGCACCAGCCAUUGGCCAGCUUAAUCUGGGCUCCACCGGCUCCUCGGGUGUGGUCAACUACCAGGUGGGCGGCUCUGGCUCUGCCAACUACCAAGUGGACUCCUCAUCCUCCUCCGUCAGCGGUGGCGUCGUGAGCGACAGCAUUGGCCUGGCCGGUCUGCAGCCCGGACCCACCAUCAACUACAACGAGCAGGAGUCGUACAUCAGCCACCUGGCCAACUUCCAGCCCGCCCAGAUCAACAAGCACUUCUACAUCCACAGUGCUCCCGAGGAUCACGAUGAGCAGCAGAUCGUGCGCUACGUGAACGUGGGCAGGCCCCAGAAGAACUACCGUGUGGUGUUCAUCAACGCACCCACAUCCACCGCCAGCAAGGCCAAGAUCAUUGCCAACGUGGCGCCCGUGGAGGAGAAGACUGCCAUCUAUGUGCUGUCCAAGAAGUCCAAUGCCCUGGAUGUCUCCGCCGAGGUGGUCACUCAGCGCCCUGUGGCCAACAAGCCGGAGGUCUUCUUCGUCAAGUACAAGACUCCCCAGGAGGCGGCCCAUGCCCAGCAGACCAUUCAGGCCAACUAUGAUGCUCUGGGUGGAAGCUCCGAGACCAGCAACGAGGGUGUGAUUCCCGUUUCCUCCGUGAUCGGCAGCCUGGGCGACAAUGGAGCCUCCGGCGUGUUGACCGAUGCCAGCGGCAGCGUGAGCGUCGUGGGCACCGGCGGAGUUCCCACCGUGGAUGCUGGAGCCAGCUACGAUGCCGAGGGUAGCCAGCGCCAGGUGAUCAGCACCGUGACCACGGGCACCAACACCCAGGCCACCUAUCUGCCCGUGAGGCCGGUGAGGAAGUAG